UGGGAGGAGAUGGGCCCGGGACAAAGGGGGACGCCAAAGACCAAUCUGCUGCGCCCCCCCCAGGACCUGAUCCCAACUGCUGCGGCUACUGCGGAUCGCUGCCACCUCAGCUUUUAGCUGCUUGAAAAAAAAACCAACCAAACAACAACGUUUCUUCCUUCUUCAGGAAGAACAAUAGUGAUUCGUUUGACCCAAAAGUCUUCUUGAUAAGAGCACAAUACUGAAGGAUGACAGAAGCAGUUUUGAUUGAUCUCUCCUGUUUGAGACUGAAUGUUCAGAAAAACUGCCACCAGACAUUACUGAAGACAUUAAAUGCUGUCCAAUACCCCCAGGCUGCCAAAGCCAGGUUCCUAUGUGUAAAGUGCUGCAGUGACAUCAGCUGUAAAAGGGAUGGUGAACAUGAUACUUGUGAAUGGGAAACAAGCAACGGAUUAUCAGUUCUCUUGAGAGAAUUUGAGACUGUUAGCAAUCCCAGCAUAGCUGCCUCAUUGUAUACCAUUAAACAAAAAAUUGAUGAAAAGAAUCUGAGCAGCAUUAAGGUGAUUGUACCAGUGCACAGGAAAACAUUAAUGAAGGCUUUCAUUGAUUGCCUCUUCACUGAGGUAUACAGUUUUGAGUUUGAAGAUUUGCAGGUACCUUUGAGGGAUGAUGGCCUUUUGAAGCAUUCCACUGAAAGAAACAAAGAUUAUGAAUUUGAAGAAAUACAGAAUGAAAUAGAGACAUAUUUGAGGAGCCUGCCUGCUCUGAAGGGAGAAAUAACUAUUAUCACAACUCCUUUGAUUCCAGAUAUUUUCAUACAUGGAUUUACUACAAGAACAGGUGGGAUAUCUUAUAUACCAACUCUUAGCUCAUGCAAUCUCUUCAGCAGUUCCAAACGGAGAGAUCCCAAGAUAGUUGUUCAAGAAAAUCUACGUAGAUUGGCAACUGCUGCAGGAUUUAAUGCAGAGAAAUUUUACCACAUAAAGACUGAUCAUGCCAAUGAAGUCUGGGUUAUGGGAAACAAAGAGCCUGCAUCUUAUGAUGGAAUAACUACAAAUCAGAGAGGCAUCACAAUAGCAGCUCUUGGUGCGGACUGCAUACCUAUAGUUUUUGCAGAUCCUGUGAAGAAAGCAUGUGGGGUUGCUCAUUCUGGUUGGAAAGGUACCUUGUUAGGUGUUGCUAUGGCUACAGUGAAUGCCAUGAGAGCAGAAUAUGGCUCUAUGGUGGAAGACAUUAUCGUUGUACUGGGACCUUGUGUAGGACCUUGCUGUUUUACUCUUCCCAGGAAAGCUGCAGAUGCAUUUCAUAAUCUUCAUCCUGCUUGUGUACAACUAUUGGACUCACCAAAUCCCUACAUUGACAUUCGUAAAGCCACCAGGAUUCUUCUAGAACGAGGAGGAAUUCUUCCACAUAACAUUCAGGAUAAGGGUCAAGAUCUUGGCCUUUGUACAUCAUGCAAUCCUGAGAAGUUUUUCUCCCAUGUCCGAGAUGGCCUUAACUUUGGUACACAGAUUGGCUUCAUAUCAAUUAGAGAAUGAGGUACUUGACUGGAGUUUUGCAUAACUACUUCCUGAUUCCUUCCAAAUUCUGCAAAACAGUAUUUUCACUGAUUUAUAUAAAGCUGAGAGGAUUACCAUAGAGACUUCAUCUUUAAGGGUAUAUUUUCACUAUUAUCCAAUGCCAAAUGCUCUUCUUUUAAUUCUAAUGAUAACUGACAGAAGAGUCAGUAUGAUGUUUUACAGAUGAAGAUUAUUCGUCAAGCUUUUUCCUUCUAUCUUUGCCUUCUCUCAGAAACAGGUUUAUUCAAUUCAGUGCUUAUUGCCUGUUUGUCAGGUACAGUGUUAAACAGAUGUGAAUCAAAUGAGUAACUUAUUUUUUCCUUUCAGUCUAAUGCAGUGGAAGAGAAAGAAAAAAAAAAACCACUUUCCACAACUAAAAUUUUAUUUCAAUAAUAGUAAAGUAAUACGAGUAGUGAAGGCUUAACUUUACCUGGAAGGCAGGAUAGAGAAGGUAUUACAGAGAACAUGACAUAUGAGCUGUGCCAUAGAAAUAUGAAGGUGUUUAACAGAUGGCAACCAGUCAUAAUCCUGUGAACCAGGAUGUGCAACUGAAAGUCCAUAAUGUAUCCUAGGGAGAGGACAAAGGGAGGAGAGGGGACUAGACAAGCAACAUGGGAAAAGAUUAGUACAGAUAUCUCAAGUGUCUAAUAGUUUGGAAUUUAUUUUCCUGGAUACGAGUAGACAGCAGAAGAGAGGCUUUGAGGUUUUGUUUUU